AUGACCCUCGAGCCCCGUUCGGCCCCUCUCAGUACGACUACGACCACGACCACGACCACAGCCCCUUGCGCGCCGCCCAUGCCGCUGUUCAGCAGCAGCAAACGCGCAGCGGCCGCUCCGCUCUGUCCCGCGCGCGCCGUCUCGCUCACGGCCUACAACGACAGCGACGACAACACUGACGCGCACGUCAUCGACCACAGCAGCAGCGACAGCGACGUGCCGCCCAUGGAGCAGCUGCUCGUGAACCACUUGCGCUUCGCGCACGCCGUGCGCCAGAACGACGCGGCGCAGAUCCUGCAGUUCCUCGCCAAGGACGUGACGCUGCGGGCCAUGGACGGCGCGCGGCACGACGGGCAGUCGGCGGCGCUCGCGUGUCUCGUGGGCGCGCGCAUGACGAAGCUGAGCUCCAAUCUGCGCGUCAAGGGCUUUCCCACGCGCGCCGGCGCGUGCCAGUCGACGUUUGUCUACGAGCACGGGCUCGUGUUCAAGGACCCGCUGUACAUGGAGGUGCUGGACUGGACGGCCGACGGCGCGAGCGUCGUGCGCAUCGCCCACGUGCCGCUCCUCGCGGACGCCAAGAACAGCAAAACGCUGCAGGACUUUGCCCGCAUGACGUCGCUGCGCCACGACAAGAAGCAGCACGCGCGAGUGGCGGACGCUCGCUGUGCAGGUGACGCGAAAGAGAACACGCAUCACAAGGACGAGGACGACGACGACGACGAGGACGAGGGCGGGCGCUGGAGCAGUCGCGGCUCGCGGUUCAGUGAGGGCACGGGCAGGUCGAGCAGUCUGUGUGGCCACAUGGGAGGGCCGAUGAGGCGGAGCCAGCGUCGCCGGCCCAAGAGCUCGAUCGACAGCAGCAGCAGUACCGCGUUGACGGCUGCGAGUCUCCGGCUCUCGACGUGUAGCAGCUCGAGCAGCAGUCAAAGUGGAGCGCAGGAAGUGGCAGUGCAACCGUUGGCAGUUGGUGCUGCUGCUGCGGCGACGGGCGCCACGAGUAGUCGCUGGAAGAUGCCGGAGGUCGAGUUGGUCGAGAUCUCGUGCACGAACUUGACGCCGAUUCGAAGGCGCAAGACGGUGAACCCGUUCGUGACGGUGCAGUGCCCCGAGACAAAGACCGAGUGGAAGAGUCCCGUGAUGCGACGAGAGCCCAACCCCACGUGGAAUACAAUGCCACUGAGGAUUCCCGUGCACGCGCACGCGGGCGUCGUGGAGAUUGCGCUGUGGGACCACUCGUUCUUUCGGUCGGUCAAAGUCGCGGGCGCUGCGCUGGUCGAGUCGGACGUGCUCACGAACGACUCGGAGUUUGGUGCGACGAUUCAGUUGGAGCGAUACGACGUCGGCCGUAUCGAUGGGGAACCACAGUACGUGACGAUGAAUUUUCGCUUUGUGCGCCGGGGCGACGUGCCAGCUCGUGCGUCGAACGAAACGGGGCACAACACGGCGCGAGGCGACGCGAGCGAGGCUGGCAAGACUGCGCAGCAGACAAGCGUACGCGGGUCAGUGCUGGACAACGGCCUCAAGUGGCUGGUGGUGCAACCGCAUGCAAACGGACAACACGUCUCUGGACUCGCCAUGCUCUUUCGUGCCGCUGUGGUUGCCGCGAUGGUGUGGAUGCUGUUCCACGCCACGCUCGGGUGGCCAAAGCAAGUGUUAUAG